CUGCUGCUCUCCUAGACCAGAGCCCACCCCUUGGUCAGAGCACCCCAACUCCAGGACCCCCCCAACCCAGCCUUCAGGGACCUACUGUGGGUGGUGGCCGCUCCAGAGUGACGGAAGGAGCCUGGUGAUGGGGAAGCCAGAAAGCCCGGCGGGGAUGGUGGACAGAGCCGGCUGGGCAGUGCAGAGGCGCCGAGGCUUCCUGGAGAGGGGGCUGCUGCUCCUGCUCCUGCUGGUGACGGGCGCCCUGGUGGCCCUGGGCGUCCUCUACAGCCGAGCCCUCCGGAAGCCCACGCGGGUGGAAGAGGUCUGCACCAGCCCUGGCUGCGUGGUGGCGGCUGCCAGGAUCCUCCAAAACAUGGACCCGUCCACGGAACCGUGCAGCAACUUUUACCAGUACGCGUGCGGGGGCUGGCUGCGGCGCCAUGUGAUCCCUGAGACCAGUUCCCACUACAGCGUCUUCGAUAUCCUCCGAAACGAGGUGGAGGUCAUCCUCAAAGGGGUGCUGGAGAAUUCCACUGCCAAGUCCCGGCCAGCCGUGGAGAAGGCGAAGCUGCUGUACCGCUCCUGCAUGAACCAGAGCAUGAUAGAGAAGCGAGACUCUCAGCCCCUUCUGGACGUCUUGGCGGUGGUGGGAGGCUGGCCGGUGGCCAUGGACAAGUGGAACCAGACCAUAGGCCCCACGUGGGAGCUGGAGCGGCAGCUGGCGGUGAUGAACACACAGUUCAACCGGCGGGUCCUCAUCGACCUCUUCGUGUGGAAUGACGACCUGAACUCCAGCCGCCACAUCAUCUACAUAGACCAGCCCACGCUGGGCAUGCCGUCCCAGGAGUACUACAUCAAGGAGGGCAGCAACCAGAAGGUGCGGGACGCCUACCUGCAGUUCAUGACAUCGGUGGCCACCAUGCUGCGGAGGGACAACAAGCUGCCUGGGGACACCCACCUGGUGCAGGAGGACAUGGCGCAGGUGCUGGAGCUGGAGACUCACCUGGCCAACGCCACCACACCCCCAGAGGAGAGGCAAGAUAUCACCGAACUAUACCACAGGAUGGACCUGCAGCAGCUCCAGGACAGGUUCAGCCUGAAGGGUUUUAACUGGACUCUCUUCAUACAAACUGUGCUGUCCUCCGUCAAAAUCGAGCUGCUGCCCAAUGAGGAAGUAGUGGUCUAUGGCAUCCCCUACCUGGAGAAGCUCGAGAACAUCAUCGACCUCUACUCGGCCAGGACCAUGCAGAACUAUCUGGUCUGGCGCCUGGUGCUGGAUCGCAUCAGCAGCCUGAGCCAGCGGUUCAAGGAUGCCCGGGUAAACUACCGCAAGGUGCUGUACGGCACCACGGUGGAGGAGGUGCGCUGGCGGGAGUGCGUCGGCUACGUCAACAGCAACAUGGAGAGCGCCGUGGGCUCCCUGUAUGUCAAGGAGGCCUUCCCCGGGGACAGCAAGAACAUGGUCAGAGAGCUCAUCAAGAAGGUGCAGGCCAUGUUCGUGGAGACCCUGGACGAGCUGGGCUGGAUGGACGAGGAAUCCAAGAAGAAGGCCCAGGAGAAGGCCAUGAGCAUCCAGGAGCAGGUCGGCUACCCCACCUACAUCCUUGAGGAAAGCAACAGGCGCCUGGACCAGGAGUAUUCCAGCCUGAACUUCUCGGAGGACUUGUACUUCGAGAACACACUGCAGAACCUCAAGGCCAGCGCUCACAGGAGCCUCAGGAAGCUUCGGAAAAAGGUGGACCAGAAUCUCUGGAUCAUUGGGGCCGCAGUGGUCAACGCGUUCUACUCCCCGAACCGAAACCAGAUCGUGUUCCCCGCCGGGAUCCUCCAACCACCGUUUUUCAGCAAGGAGCAGCCACAGGCCUUGAACUUCGGGGGCAUUGGGAUGGUGAUCGGGCAUGAAAUCACGCAUGGCUUUGAUGACAAUGGCCGGAACUUUGACAAGAACGGCAAUAUGCUAGACUGGUGGAGCAACUCCUCGGCCCAGCACUUCCGAGAGCAGUCGGAGUGCAUGAUCCACCAGUACAGCAACUACAGCUGGGACCUGGCCGGGAGCCAGCACGUGAAUGGAUUCAGCACCCUCGGGGAAAACAUCGCUGACAACGGAGGGGUGCGCCAGGCAUUCAAGGCCUACCUAAAGUGGAUGGCGGAAGGUGGCAAGGACCAGCUGCUGCCAGGGCUGGAGCUCACCUACAAACAGCUUUUCUUUGUCAACUAUGCCCAGGUGUGGUGCGGGUCCUACCGGCCAGAGUUCGCCAUCCAGUCCAUCAAGACUGACGUCCACAGCCCCCUGAAGUACAGGCAAGUGCACCGCACACCCCAGGGCCCUGCUUCAUGCCGGCCGCCGCAGGCCCACUUCAGCCCGUUCCUCCACAGGGUGCUAGGCUCCCUGCAGAACCUGCCUGCCUUCGCUGAUGCGUUCCACUGCCCCCGGGGCACCCCCAUGCACCCCAAGGAGCGAUGCCGCAUCUGGUAGCCAAGGCCAAGCUGCACUCCAUGGCCCACAGCACCCAGCCGGGAAGGGAGGUGCUCGGCCAAGAAGCUGCAGCAAGCGGGGACCGGCAGGGCCUGGAAGGGACACACAUCUGCGCCCACAGCCCCUGUGCCCUCAGCCAUCCUCUGCACUGGCGGGCACCCACAGGGUCCAUACCCAUAGCCCGGAGACACAGUCAACUGUCUUCUGCCCCUCAUGCCUGUCCUCAGUGUCUUCAAGUUUCAGACUGGGCCAAAUAAACGCUUCAAAGGUGA